CUUUUUCUACCCCGGUCUGCCAUCAUGGUGUUCAAGCGUUUCGUGGAGAUCGGCCGCGUGGCCUUCAUCGCUUUCGGUCCUCAUGAGGGGAAACUGGUGGCCAUCGUGGACGUGAUCGACCAGAACAGGGCUCUGGUAGACGGACCGUGCACUGGAGUGAAGCGUCAGGCGCUGCCCUUCAAGUGUCUGCAGCUCACAGAUUACGUCAUUAAAGUCCCUCACAGUGCCCGUCAGAAGUACGUGCGACGCGCCUGGGAAAAGGCUGAGAUCAGCAAGAAGUGGGAGGAGAGCAGCUGGGCCAAGAAGAUCGAGGCCAGGAAGAAGAGAGCUGCAAUGUCUGACUUUGAUCGCUACAAGGUGUCGAAGGCCAAGAAAAUGAGGAAUAAGAUCAUCAGACACGAGAUGAAGAAGCUCCAGAAAGCUGCGGCUCAGAAGAAAGCAUAAACUCUCAAUAAACCAGUUUAACUG